AUGCGGCAACUGUUGGUCGUCUGUGCCGUGCUGGCGUGCGCCUUCGGAGGGGCGCUGAGUGCAUCGUUGACGCGCACCGGCCGCGAGGAGGCGCCGGUGGUGCCGGUGGCCGACGACGUCGUCGCUCAACCCGGCGAGGGCGUGGUGCUGGUGGCGGUCGAGGAGAAGGUGGUCGAGCCGGUGGACAGCCAGAGCAAGGCGGCCGAGCAGGUGGAGGCGGCCGAACCGGUGGCCGUGCUGGUGGCCGACGCGGUCGCCGAUGAGACGGUGCCCGAGUCGGAGGUGGUCCAGGCGGUCGAGCACGCCGUGCUGGAGGAGAAGCAACCGGAGCAGCCGACCCAGGCCCAGCUGAAGGUGGCCGUGCCGGUCGAGGCCGAGGAACCGGUGGCUGCCGUCGUCGCCGCCGAGGAACCUGUUGCCGUCGCCGCCGCCCCCGAGGAAGUGGUGCCCGCCGUGGAGUCGCUGCGCAGCGUAGUGCCCGCCGUGGAGGUGUUCGAGCCCGUCGCCGUUGCCACCGUCGUCGAAGCCGUCGAGCCCGUCAAGGAGACCGUCGUCGAGCCGGUGGAGUCGCUGCGCAGCGUGGCUCCGGUGGCCGUCGCCGAGGAGCCCGUCGUUGCCGUCGAAGAAGUAGCCGCCGUCGUCCCGGCUGAGACCGUGGUGCCCGCCGUCAAGACCGUGCCGGAAGUGAUCCUGGAGAAGGCCGAAGAGAAGGUUGCCGUGGUCGCCGCCGAGGAGGAGGUGGCCGCCGUCAAGGACACCGUGGUCGCGCCGGUCGAGUCGCUCAAGUCGGUCGAGCCGGUGGUGGAGGUGGCCGAGCCCGUUGCCGUCGUCGUCGAGGCCGUCAAGCCGGAGGAGGAGGAGAAGAAGAAGGAUGUCGUCCCGCUGGUCAAGUCCGUGCUGCCCGCCGCCACCGUGCCGGAGGUUGCCGUCGCCGAGGAGAAGCCCGCCGUCGUUGAGGCCGCCGUCGAGGAGAAGGAGGUCGCCCCGGUCGAGUCGCUCCGCUCCGUUCCCGUCGUCGAGCCGGAGGCGGUCAAGGUCCCGGUUGCCGAAGUCAAGCCCGCCGUCGUUGAGGCCGCCGUCGAGGAGAAGGUGGUCGCUCCGGUCGAGUCCCUGCGCCAGGUUGCGCCCGUCGUGCCCGUCGAGGAGCCGGUCGCCGUCGUCGCCGUCGAACCCGCCGUGGAGAAGGUCGUCGAGGAGAAGGUGGUCGCCCCGGUCGAGUCGCUCCGUCAGGUCGCUCCAGUCGAAACCGUCAACGAGCCUGCCGCCGUCGUCGUGAGCGAGGACAAGGAGGAAAAGAAGGAGGCCGUCGUCGAGAAGGAAGCCGUCCCCGCCGUCAAGGCCGCCGUCGCCGUGCCGGAGGUGCCCGAGAACGUUGAGAAGCAGGAAGCGCCCGUGGUCGUCGAAGAGCCCGCCGGUGUCCUCAAGUCCGUGCCGAUCGCCGAGGAUCUCGUCCCGGUGAAGGAAGUCGAAGCCGAGCCUCAUCAAGCGCUGCGCGGAAACGAGGUGCGCCAGGAACCGGGCAGCUCCACCACCCGUCCCAACUUGCUCCAGCAGAUCAUCCAGCCGGUGAACAACUUCAUCCAGGGCACUCCGCUCGGCCAGGUCCUGAACCGUCCCGGCCAGGCCACCGCCGCUCCGUCGGGCGAGAACGCCCCAGAGGUCGCCCAGGACGAGUCGGCCGCCGCCCCCGCGCCGUCCACCGCCGCCCCGAACAUCGUGCAGCAGCUCGCCCAGAACGUGCAGAGCUUCUUCAACCCGAACGCUGGAAAUAACGCUGCCGCCGCCACCGGCGACAACGCCGAAGCGACCACCGCCCGCCCCAACAUCAUCCAGCAGGUGCAGAACGCCGUCGGCUCGGUGUUCAACCGACCGGCCACCAACGCCGGCCAGACUGGCGAGCAGCAGCCCGCCAACCCGAUCCAGAACAUCGUCCAGAACGUGCAGAACUUCUUCCGGCCCUCGACGGAAACUCCGGAAAAGGCUCCGAUUAAGGCUCCGGUUGAAACGCCCCAGACAGAGACCGCCGCUGCCGCCUAG